GCGGUGCAUUGUGGGACACUGGCUAACGGCGAACUCAACAUGGCCGCGUCUCUGAGGCAGAGGAUAGAAGCUGCAGGAAGAAGGCCGUGAAUGAAGCCCGGGACGCGCACAGCCUCGUCGCCCCUCUAGUGGCCUUAGAAGCGCCGUGUUCGCCGUCGUCUGCGCCGCCUGCGGAGGGCCGAGACUCGCACCACCAGCAGCAGAUAACAACCAAGUGAGGAGAAAGUCUCGUAUGAAUUCCGACGAGAAGGAGGACUGUGAGUGUGCGACACCACAGGCCGAGACCAGCCCCGCCACAGGAGCUGCUAGAGAACAAGAGGAGCCUGACAUAGAAAACCCAGAAGCAAGCCGGAUGAAGCGUGCAGCUGCCAAACAUCUAAUAGAGCGCUAUUACCACCAGUUAACGGAGGGCUGUGGGAAUGAGUCUUGCUCCAACUCGUGGUGUGCCUCGUCGGUGGGAUUCAGCCGCAUGGACAACAACGCGGCGGCGGUCAAAGCUCUGGAGCUCUACAAGGUCAACGCCAAGCUAUGUGACCCACACCCCUCCAAGAAGGGCACGGCGUCCACGUACCUGGAGAGCAGCACCCGCAGCAACUCGGCCUGCAGCAACCGCAAGAUGAACCAUAAAGACGUCAACACCGUCAGAGACAACUUCAAAGAUAUAAACUACUUGACAGAGGAGAAGGUCUACGAGAUCUUGUACAGCUGUGGAGAGAAGGAGGACUACUCCCCUCUGAUCCGGGUAAUAGGUCGGGUCUUCUCCAGCUCAGAAGGCCUGGUGCAGAGCUUCCGCAGGUCCAAACCUCACACCAAGGAGGAGCUGAAGUCCCUCCAAGGGAAGGACGAGGACAAGGAUGAGGACGAGAAGGAGGCAGCGGCGGCGUGCUCGGCUACAGCCAUGGAGGAAGACUCGCCCACCUCCUCGUCAUCGUCACGGCUCGGGGAAGGCUCCUCAGGAGAGAACGACGUCCAAAAGCUGGCCCCCGACGAGGUUUCAGUGGACAUCGAAGCCGUGCGGCGGGUCUACAAGCGCCUCCUGUCCAACGAGAAGAUCGAGGCCGCCUUCCUGAAUGCACUCGUCUACCUCUCGCCUAACGUGGAGUGUGACCUGACGUACCACAACGUGUACUCCAGAGACCCCAACUACCUGAACCUGUUUGUUAUCGUGAUGGAGAACAGCAACCUGCACAGUCCGGAGUACCUGGAGAUCGCCCUGCCGCAGUUCUGCAAGGCCAUGAGCAAGCUGCCGCUGGCGGCGCAGGCCAAGCUGACGCGCCUGUGGUCCCACUACAGCGCCGAGCAGAUCCGCCGCAUGAUGGAGACCUUCCAGCAGCUCAUCACCUACAAGGUGAUCAGUAACGACUUCAGCAACCGCAACCUGGUCAACGACGACGACGCCGUGGUGGCGGCCACCAAGUGCUUGAAGAUUGUUUACUAUGCAAACGUGCUGGGAGGCGACCUGGACACUGAGAACAACGAAGACGAGGACGAGGAGCCCAUCCCCGAGUCCAGCGAGCUCACCCUGCAGGAGCUGCUGGGCGAGGAGCGGCGCAACAAGAAAGGGCCCCGGGUGGACCCCCUGGAGACGGAGCUGGGGGUCCGCACCAACGACUGCAGGCGGCCCCUCAUUCCCUUCGAGGAGUUUGUCAACGAGCCGUUGAACGAGGUGCUGGAAAUGGACAAGGACUACACCUUCUUUAAGGUGGAGACUGAGAACAAGUUCUCCUUCAUGACCUGCCCCUUCGUCCUGAACGCCGUCACCAAGAACCUGGGCCUCUACUACGACAACCGCAUCCGCAUGUACAGCGAGCGCCGCAUCACCGUGCUCUACAGCCUGGUGCAGGGCCAGCAGCUCAACCCCUACCUGAGGCUCAAAGUGCGCAGAGACCACAUCAUCGACGACGCCCUGGUCAGGCUGGAGAUGAUAGCCAUGGAGAACCCCGCCGACCUGAAGAAGCAGCUCUACGUGGAGUUUGAAGGAGAGCAAGGCGUUGAUGAAGGAGGCGUUUCCAAAGAGUUCUUCCAGCUGGUGGUGGAGGAGAUCUUCAACCCUGAUAUCGGCAUGUUCACCUACGACGAGCACACCCGGCUGUUCUGGUUCAACUCGUCGUCGUUUGAGAACGAGGGCCAGUACACUCUGAUUGGCAUCGUGCUGGGCUUGGCCAUCUACAACAACUGUAUCCUGGACGUCCACUUCCCCAUGGUGGUCUACAGGAAGCUGAUGGGCAAGAAGGGAACCUUCCGGGACUUGGCCGACGCUAACCCAGUUUUGCACCAGAGUCUGAAGGAGCUGCUGGAGUACGAGGGCAGCGUGGAGGAGGACAUGAUGAUCACCUUCCAGAUCUCCCAGACAGACCCCUUUGGGAACCGACUCAUGUACGAUUUGAGGGAAAACGGGGAGAAGAUUCCAGUGACCAACGAGAACCGAAAGGACUUUGUUGCGCUGUAUUCUGAAUAUAUUCUAAACAAGAGCGUGGAGAAGCAGUUCAAGGCGUUCAGGAGAGGCUUCCACAUGGUCACCAACGAGUCGCCGCUCAAGUACCUGUUCAGACCGGAGGAGAUCGAGCUGCUGAUCUGUGGGAGCAGGAACCUGGACUUUCAAGCACUGGAGGAAACCACGGAGUACGACGGCGGCUAUAACAAAGAUUCACGGAUUAUCAAGGAGUUCUGGGAGACGUUGCAUUCGUUCAGCGAGGAGCAGAAGCGCCUCUUCCUUCAGUUCACCACCGGCACUGACAGAGCGCCUGUGGGGGGGCUUGGCAAGCUGAAGAUGAUCAUAGCCAAGAACGGCCGGAGACACAGACCAGACAGGUUACCCACGUCCCACACGUGCUUCAACGUGCUGCUGCUGCCAGAAUACACCAACAAGGACAAGCUGAGGGAGAGACUGCUGAAAGCCAUCACCUAUGCCAAAGGCUUUGGCAUGCUCUGAGCCCCAGCAACUAACGGACUCCUUCUCAGAAAGCCCAUGAAGCCCCAGCCCAGCCCCUCCUUUUAUCAGAGCCAACCCAAACGGUGACAGAACGCAGACCAGGAGGUGAAACUAGUCAUUGAUAAGGCCAGGACAGAUGGUUCUAACCGAGCACUCUAGUAGAUCUGCAGCUGUGCCUGCAUCAUCUUCCACCAGUCAGUGUAAGCACAGAGGCCUCCUGAACUUCCCACUCUCACAUCCACAGUGUGUGAAUGUGCUGCAGCCUCCUUUGGUUUUUCCAUGUACAGAGAGGAUGCUUUUCCUUAUUUAUUUUCACCUUCAAAUGGGUUAUCUGAUGGCCGCCUGUUGUGCUAGCUUCCCUAAUAUGAGAAACGGGGGGGGGAGGGGGGUCACUGUGGGACCGUCUCUAGUCAAUAAAAACAACACGCAUAGAACCAAACCAUGCUAAGAGAUGAUUGAAGCUUUACUCCACAAUGACCAUUCCACUCUACUGUUGCUUAAACACAGUUCACAUCAAGGUAAGCAUCGGGAAAAUGACCGCCCUACGCUCCAAAACGCCACAUCAUCUAAAUUACUGUUCACUUUGCUUUCUGCCCAUUUGUUCCUGCUUCUAUGGUGGGGGAGGAUACGCCACGUGUUAGAAUCUAAUCUCGUCAGAUCCCAGCUGUAUAAAGUGCACUUAGACAUUUUCAGAAUGUUUGCUUUAUUUUUUAUUUUUUUGGGCUACAGGUUGCCAUGAUUGUUUGGAGCAUUUCAUUUCCUUGUCUUCCUGUGUUAACUCCAAAUAAAAGCAGUGUGUGUGUGUGUGUGUAUAAUAUAUAUAUAUAUAUACACACACACACACACACAUGAGUGCGGUGUAAUCUGCAGCGCUCCAUCGUACAGCUCCACAUGCGGACUAAAGAGGACGUUCUCCUCUAUGUGCCAACCUGCAGGUGAAACCAGGUGUUUCCAUACACUGUAAAGUAAACCUGUUUGAUUAUUUGGGACAUUAAAUCAAACUGAACUGGCUGUUUUAGGUUAGAUAGGGUUAUAUAGAUUUUAUUUCUGCUCACUAAGUGUUAUAAUAAGUCCAUUCACACGUUUCCAUCCAUGCCCUCAGUAUUAGGUAGCAUCGCCCGUUGAACUGUGGUUAAAUACUUUGGCUCUCCUUCCACAAGCUUCUGCCAACAGUUUGCAGGGAUUUGGCCCGUUCCUCCUGACAGAACCGGGUCGUAUUUCUAGUCCCCUUGUUGAUGGACCUUUUUAGCUCUGCCCACUAAUGUUCUCUGGGACUGAGAUCAGGACACUGUUGUCCUCAUGCCACUCUGUCACUAACUUGGUGAUGUUGCUUCCAUAUUCCCACAUGAAGUGCUUUCUUCAUGACGCUUCUUCUACAAGCGUUUCUCUUUUUGCUAUCAAUGUUACGGUGGUCCUGAUGGUUCCUAAAACACAACCGGUUUAAUGUGAUUUAAUGUCAGACAGGAAGGAAGGAAGGUCCGCGGCUCAUUUCCUACAGUGUAUGUCGAUCUCUGUAUUCAUUUAGUCAGUUUUUUCAGUUGGGUAAAAACUGGGCUGUGUCUCGUCCACCUUUGGUUGAGUGAUGAAGAGUGCGGAGGCUCCCAGUGCAGCCGUAGAUCUGGAACCUUCUCCUCAGGCGGAGUCAAGGAGGUCCAGUGCACUGCUACCGCUCGCCAUGCAUCUCAAAAGUUUGGCUUCUCUGGUCUGAGGUUCUCUGACCUUAAGUCAGCAGCGUGUCAGCUCAGCACCGCCCUGAUCCCUAGCAGCGGUUUGCUGACCAGCAGUCACCUGGUCUCAGGCAGCUCCAUGACGGCUCUGCUGGUUCAGUGGGGCGAGGCGUUCACACUUCUACCUGGGUCUCUGAUGGAAGCUGUGGGAAAUGCAACAUCUAAACAUGAUAUGGGCCACUUCCUUAUAAACCAUGAAAGAUUACUAUGAAUGUAAAUGUCAUUUUGUUUGCAUACAGACCAGGCAGAAACAAUAAAAGGAACUAUGAAAAAGAAA